AUGUAUUUUGAUGAAGCUCCUUGCAUGUGCCCAACAGAUGAAUGUCCGGCUGUCGAGCUUCACGAAAAUCUCAUCAAAGAGAAUUGCACCCCAGGCGCUGAAGAGGUAUUGGCUAAAAAUGAUUUUUUGAUCACCGGGGCAGCAUUUUCCUAUUUUACACUGCAGACCUUUGCUCAUCAGGCGGUUCCUAAAGAAAACACACUUUUCUACUCGACAAAAAGAAUGGUACUUGGUCGUGUGGUUAAAUGUGAUCAUGUUGAGACAACAGUUACUACAAUAUCAACUGUCACUACUACGACAGAUGGUAAUAGUACAGAAGUGAAUGAAACAACAUCUAUUGCUUCUACAUCUACUACCUAA